AUGUCCAGAAACGAACUACCUGUGUAUCCAACUCCAGGCGAGAGACACGAAUUGCAGCAUCCACAUAAAACGAAAGUCAGCCAUCGUUCACAAGCAAACAAUCAUCUGAAACCUAUUUACCGCCCUCCUCAAUCUCAAGGUUACCAGAAUGGCAACGUGUAUAGCCAAGCCCCAAUCCAGGGCCAGGCUCCGCCUGCUCCAACACCCCAGCAAUAUUUCCAAUCUCAACCAGCACCACAGAAGCCAGUUCAUGGAUAUCAACAACCACAGCAAAUGCAACCUCCUCCUCCUCCCCAGAAUCAUGCUUAUGUACAACCACAUUCGUCAGCUGCUAGUGGUCACUACUAUCAGCAACUGCCUCAAUCUCAUCCUCAAGCUACUGGUGGCCAAUACUAUCAAUCUCAAACUCAACCACCUAGCAAUGUAAACUAUCAAACGAGCUCAUACACACAAGCACCACCCCCACAAGAUCAUUAUGCACAGCAACAACUUCCACCCCAACAACAGUACGGUCAUGCUCAACCUCUAUAUCAAAACCAAAGUCACUCGCCUAGCUAUGAUUCAUUCCGGGAUUCCGGCAGUGGCCCAUCUAAAAGACCUCAAAAUCCGUCGGGCUCUGGUUCCAGUAUUAUCACUUCUCAAACAGCCAACAGGGAUCCUUACAGACAGAAAAAUAGAUCAAAGGAGUCGUUAGAGUCGUCUUCACUUAGUUCCAAGCAAAGGCUAGAAAAUGAAUUAAGAGUGAUGUUUGAUAAAGUGGAUAUUAAUCGUUCUGGUUCAAUUAGCCCUAGAGAGUUGUCCUCAGCUUUAUUGAACUUCGAUCAUACAAGGUUCCAGGACUCGACCAUCAUUUUGAUGAUCAACUUGUUCACUUCUCCGGAACAACCAAAAAAAUCUCUAACUUUUGAACAGUUUGUGUCAUUAUGGAAGUAUUUGGCUGCUUACAAGAAAUUAUUUGUUGCUGCUGAUGCUGACAGACUGGGUGACAUUUCCUUUGGAGAAUUUCAAAAGAUCUUGGAGCAAAUUGGUUACAAGUUGGAGGUAGACCUAGUAUUAUUAUUCUUCCAUAAAUUUUCCAAUAAAAAUGUGAAAGUAACGGAUAGCACGAGCAAUAUGGCUAUUGCAAAGUUGAAAUUUGAUGCAUUUAUAGAGCUAUUGGUAUAUCUAAGAAAGUUGACUGAUGUAUUUAAGAAAUAUGAUAAGGAUUUGAAAGGUGUUGCUACUAUUAAUUUCCUGGAAUUCUUAACUGAAGUAAGCAAUUUGUCUUGA